AUGAAAAUAGGUGAGCGUAGCUCCAGUGGACACUAUUUAGGUAUAAAAUGGUGUCCACUGGAGCAACGCUCGUGCAAACGGCAUCGACGUUUACUAAUCCAAACUUACUUACCAUGGUGUAUUGAACAAGCUGUAAAUGGACGAUUUUUACUUGCAUUUGACUGGGAAAAUCAUUUCGAAAAGGAUUUAAGCGAUUUACAAAAAUUAUGCUCAAUUAUUUCAUUAGCUGAGUACUGUUCGUUGUAA